AUGAAAGAAAAACAUAUAAAAGGGCAGUAUCUCGAAGUUAUGCAGAGUGAAUUAAAAGCAACUGUAAAACGUGCCGUCGAAUCUACCAGCAAUGUGCGUAUGGAAAGUUCUCGUCGAUUAAGAAUUUCUCAAAUUUUAUCGCAGUUUAUAGUUCACUCUACAAACCUAUUAUGUGAAAAGGUUAUUGCCAUGACGAGGAGUGAAGUAAAAUAUAAGUUGUUUGAAAAUGCCUUUGAGGGGGUUAGUGGUUUAUAUGAUAUGGGGGCGAUCAAGUCAGAUAAAGAAAAGCCUUUAGAUUCCGAUAAAAUCGAAAAAAAUAUAAAUUUAUUAAAAGACAAGCUCAAAAAAGAUAAUACUGCUCUUUAUCAAAUAUUCGGCUCAAGCCAGGUUAUUAGUAAUAAAUCAAAGAUUGUAGAAAACUUAAAAACGAAUUACAAAAAAGCAUUUGAGAAAAUAGAACGAAAUAUGAAGCCUCCUUCUAUACUAAGAGUUAGGGGAAUGUGCGAGGAGUUUAUAUCAAAUUUUAUUAACCGCAAUUAUCAGAAUUUAUUACCAGAAAAAUUAACCCACAAUAAAACUUGGAAAGAAUCAGAAGAAAAAAUUCUAGAUAUUGUAAAGGAAGUUUUUAUCAUUUUAGAAGAAAUUUGGGUUAAUCCUGCAUUUAAUUCUAAUCUUGCAGAAUCCCUGAAUGAGGGAACCUAUCAAUCAACAGUUAUUUUUUUGUUAAUUAGAACAAUACUAAAAAAUUUGCCUUUUGGGUUAUCUUCAUUUAUCAGCAUAUGUGAACGACAAAGUAUUGCUAUUUCUGACAGAAAAGGUGAAGGAAAAAUAGGAAGGAAGCCGGAUAUGAUAAUUCAUCCUAUUGUGGCAACUACAGAUUCCAUGACUCCCAGAAUCCAUCCUAUUGCGGCAACCACAGAUUCCAUGACUCCCAGAAUCCAUCCUAUCAUGACAACUACAGAUUUCACGACUUCCAGAAUCCAUUCUAUUGCGGCAACCACUCAAGCCCAAUUGGCUUCACAAAUUUCAUCAACUGCUAGAACUUUAUCUGAAUAUCCAGAAAUCACUGGACUUCCAAUUCGAUCAUUAACAACUCGUACCAAAUUUUCAAUUUUUACGUUAUCAACAUCAUUAAAAAGAAUUUCACAAGAUAAACAAAUAGUAGUUAAUAAAAAGCCGCAAAUUGUUAUUGAGGAUGUUGUAUUUAAUAUAGAUUUUGAAGUUACGCUGUCUCAAAUUGGAAAGAAUUCAUUCUGGGAUAUUUCUUUCUACGAGAAAUGCGAAGAUGGAUUCUAUUUCCAAUGGAAACCAAGCUGGUCUGCGAGUUACAUUUCGGUGAAGUCAGCUACUACUUGA